UGAAUAAAUAAUGAAUGAGCCAUAUCGUUAAUAAUAGUUUCAUUUUUUACAUUUUUAAUUAUUAAGGCAUUAAAUAUACCACUAUGUAAUUAUUGUAAAUUCAUUCGUUAUAAUGUGCCUAAUCCAUGUUGUGCAUUCUUCCGAGGCCAUUUUUCACUAAUUUUGCGCGCAAUUUGACAUAGCUUGACAACGUAAAAGUGCGCUCAUUUCAUGCAAAACUAGCCCUUUAAUAUUAAUGAUAAACUACAUUUAGGAUAACAAUGAUUAAUGAUGUUGUGUCUUUCACUAAUAGAUUUUACGGAAAAUCUUGGACAAACUAUGAUAGUGCAUUGUGUAGGCUAGUUGUUGACCCAAAAGAUUCUUGGUCAGGUAUUUUACCAUCUACUGAUGGCGCUGACUAUAAUCCCGAGCCACCUAUUUUGGCUGCCAAAUUUGCGGUUGCAAAAGGUUUUGAGCAUAUACUAGCAAUUGCCAAUGAAGAUGGAAUGAUUGCUUUUCAUGACACAACACUACCUGCAUCUUCCGAAAGUGUUGCAAACCAACCAUUAGAGGGAAGACAAUGCCAUCAUAAUGCAGUUUUUGAUCUAGCUUGGAUGCCAUAUAAUACUCAGAUAGUUUCUGCAUCAGGAGAUCAUACUGCUCGUCUUUGGGAUUUUGAUGAAAAUAGGCCAAACCCUAUUCGUAUAUUUUCUGGUCAUACGAGAUCAUUAAAAACAGUGUGUUUUCGCCCUGAGGAUCCAGCUGUUUUUGCCACUGGCGGUCGUGAUGGUGCUAUAUAUAUAUGGGAUGUACGAUCAGCAGCAGGGUUGUCUGGUUAUCAAACACGAGCUGAUGAUGUGAUCUUCAUUUGUCAUGGUGCAGCAUCAACAACUCCAAGUCAGCAUAGAAAAAAGAUCCGGGGAGGGCAAACUCCGGGUAGUGGAGGACUAUCUUCUAGUUUAUCACGACCUCAUAGUAUAACAGGAUUAGUUUUCCGUGACUCAUAUGACUUAAUUUCAUGUGGUGCUGGUGAUGGAGUCAUUAAAAUUUGGGAUUUACGUAAAACAUAUUCUAAUGCAAAAAGAGAACCUUUACCAAAACAUUCAUUAAGUUAUGCAGGCUCCAGUGCUUGCAAAGGUUUCACAAAUUUAAUACUAGAUCAUACAAGAUCAAGAUUGUAUGCAAAUUGUAUGGAUAAUCGAAUAUAUUGCUAUAAUGCUAGUGGAGGACAUAAUCGCCCUAUAAAUAUAUCGGGUUUAGAAAAUGCUACAUUUUAUGUCAAGUCUGCUUUGAGUGCUGAUGGAAGGUAUUUAGCCAGUGAAGGAAGUAGUGAUGAGCGAGCUUAUAUUUGGAAUGUUGACUGCCCACCACUUGUGGCCCUGGAAGGCCAUGCGGCUGAAGUUACGUGUGUUGCCUGGUGUGCUCAAGGAGAACCAAAGAUUAUUACUUGUAGUGAUGAUGCAAAGCACAAAGUAUGGCGAGUAGGCUCAGAAGAUGUUGACCAUACAUUAUUAAGAGGCCAAAAUAAAAAAAUGGAUAACUAUGCAAUUCCAAAUAAAGAAUUAGGAUCUUUAGAAUAUACACAAGAAGUGUGUAAAAGAUGGGUUGGUAGGAGUGAGAAAACACCAUCAACUGGAAGUAAUUUGAAGUCUAAAAUGCAAUGUGAUAAUUGUGAAUCUCGUACACCCAUUAACAAUGAUAUAGACGAAGAUCAUGCACCAGAAAAGAAACGAAUUCAUCUAGAAAAUAGAGGAGCAAGACGUUUAUUUGAACAGUGUGGAACAAGCGCAGAAUUAAGUACAAUCAUAGAAGAAAAUGAAAAAUGUGAACCAGUCAUCAAGAGCUCUAAAUUUACCUCUCCUACUAUAAAUUUGCCAAAUUAUGUUCUGAAUGGUGAAGCACCACAUUUGAGGACUAUUUCUCCAAAGAAAAAAUGUAAGGAGAAUGUAGAUUGGCUCACAAGGCACAUUAAGCAAAAGCGGCUUUAUGAAAACUUUGCUUCACCUCUUGAUGAUGUUAAAGAAUUUGGGUCUCCUAAUGGCCAUGUUGAAGAAAGUCCUAAGUUUCAUGGUACACCUUCAAGAAGAAGUCGGAAUAAAUCUAGUUCGGAUAAUGUACUAAAAACUCCUAAAAGUGAAAACACUUUACUUAGAUUCUUCACUGUUAUGAAAAGAAAACAUUCUUUACAUCAAGAAUGAAUCAAGAAUUAUCUGCUUCGUCUUUAGAGUUCUGUACCUGUACAUUUUUAGCAUAGCCCUUAUCUUUAUUAUUUAAUUCUAUAUUUUGCCAUAUAUAUAUAUAACUGAUGAUAUUAACUGUA